AUGAUUGUACCGACACUCGCGCACAGGAAAUAUGUUUUUAUUCUUCUCGCAGUUGUUGUGAUUUUCAUGCUAUUAGUCGGCAACUAUGCAUAUGACAAUGGAACCAGUUCCUCUACAGAAGAUGCCAGUUCAACGAAGUCGGCUGCACCAAAACAUGAACCUUUCCCUCAUAAGAUCUGGCAGAGCUGGAAGGAUGACUCAGAAGAUCCUACAGAUCGGACAGUUGGCUUCCCACAUCAAUGGCGCAAUAUUAACCCUGGUUGGCGGUACGAGCGCAUUACCGAUGCGAACAAUAACGCAUAUGUUCGGGACCGCUUCGAUGCCAACAUAUCAGAUGUCUUCACAAGCCUCCAGGACCCAAUUCUCAAAGCCGAUUUCUUGCGAUACCUCAUAUUGUUGCGUGAAGGUGGUGUAUGGGCGGAUAUCGACACCUAUCCACACCAACCUGUGUCUAAAUGGAUACCAAAGAAGUAUCAAGGCUUGGUGAAUCUGGUCGUUGGAAUAGAAAACGACCAUCACAAACAACCCAUAUGGCCCGGCUCUCCAUACUCCGUGCAACUAUGCCAGUACUCAGUAUUGGCCAAGCCAAACCAUCCAGCCAUCAAGACACUUGUUGAACAAGUGACUAAAGACCUUGGAAAUCUUCUUGCCUCUAAGCAGCCUAAUGAAGUGGUUUCUUUUCAAGAUGUCAUGUCGACUACGGGGCCAUUUGCUUUCACCAAAGUUCUCAUGGACUACUUCAAGGAGAAGUCGGGCGAGGAGCACAAUGGCGACGAAUUGGAUAGACUCACAGAACCACGUUUGAUAGGUGAUGUGCUAGUUCUUCCGAAGGACAGCUUUGGAUGGCUACCUCAAGAGAACACUCAUAAGAAGGGAGACCCAAGUAUUCUUGUUGAGCAUUUGUUCAUAGGAUCAUGGCGAGACGGCCACCCUGGAUAA